AUGCAAGUGACUACAUGUCAGGUAUACGAGCUGGCGGUUGAUUACGCUGCCCUCCUCCGUGCUCUAUUUGGCGACCCCGGUUUCAAGUUCCUUCAGAAACCAACCGCCGAGGUCUCCGCCAUUGACACUGAGAACACCCACAUGGGCCUCUUCUGGGUCACUGACUUUGUGCAAACCACCUACAUCGACAAUAUCCUCCCUUUUCUCCCUUCGCAUGCCUCACGAAAGACCAAGGAGCUUGGCAACCCCUGGGCCUACGGCGACUCCUCAUAUCAGUGGGAGCUGACCUGGGAUGCCGAGGCCGGGGCUCUCAAGGACAAGAACGGCAAUUCUGCAACCUUUCCAACAGUUGCCCAAGCUGAGGUGAAGAGCAAGAUGGAGAAUCUUGUGUCAAGGGGCUUCAUGAUUAAGAAGCUCGUUUUCGACAAUGGGUCUGAUUUUAUGGCGAAGAUGGCAAUGGGAGGGCAGACCUACAAUUUUAGCGACGAGGCCAAGGCCAUCAUAACUAAGAUUUAUAGCUAG